AUGUGGAAGGGAAACAAGCUGGUGGAGAUCAUCCGCAAGAUCGAAGGAACCAUUAUGAUCGAGUUCAAGCGAAGCGGUAACAACACCAUCGCUUCGAAUCGAAUUCCCCUCUAUGUGGGUGAAUUCGUGUAUGAUGAAUCGAAAGAAUCGUUUCUUCGAAAUGGUCGAGGAUACUGGAUCGAUGAAGAAACUCGGAUUGCUACUCGCGAAGUGGAAUGGAAAGAUGGAGUGGAAGUGAGUGGAAGAGAUCUCUAUGAUGGAUGGUACACUCGAUCCACAACUCCAAAACCCAAACCCAAACCCAAACCCAAACCCAAACCCGCUCCGAUGCCUGCUCCUGCUCCUGCUCCUGCUCCUGCUCCUGCUCCUGCUCCAAAACGCGAAGAACCUGCUCCUCUUCGAUUCAGCGUCACUGGAUCUACAAAAUGGACCGAUGUGAGUUUGCAAGUGACCGAUUUGAAGAUUUCAUCGAAUUGCUGUAACGAUUUGAAUGCAUUGGAUCUGAAUCGAUUCGAGUGGCUACGAUCUAUCGAAAUCGGCGAUGAAUGUUUUGGAUCAGUGGAAACAUUCAAAAUCGAUGGAUUGAAUCGAUUGAAAAACUUGACUAUUGGGAAAAAUUCGUUCAAUAAAUUGGAAAAAGAGUUCUUAAGUAAUGGCCAUUCAGAUACUGAAUGGCAACAAAACAGUAAACAGUGCAAAUCAUUCCACAUAUUAAAUUGUGAAUCAUUGGAAUCCAUUCAAAUUGGUGAAUAUAGUUUUGGUGAUUUUGGAGGCGACUUUGAAUUGAAGAAUCUACCACAAUUACAAUCCAUUCAAAUUGGGACAAUUGGAAGUCAAUCAACCAAUUUUUAUGGUAGUUCAUUUGUGAUUCGAGGUAUUGAUAUGAUAUUGAAUAUUUGA